AUGGACACGCGUCGCAUGAUCCUGCGCGGACGUGACUUUCGGGAUGCAAUGGCCGAUUUGCGCUUCCUUCGUGCCGCACUCCUGCCGGAGCCAGAGGAGCUUAGCACGGAUCCGUGGCGUCCACCCACGCCGCCAUGGCUCCACUUGUUGGAUGACUUGAGCCUUUGCACACACCGGAACCAGGUUGCCCUCGAUCGCCGGCACCAAAGAUCCCGGCUGCAGAAGCAGACGGAGGCCGCUGGGCGUGCGGUGAAGCUGCGCCGGGUGGCGCGCCGCCGGGCCACGGCAGAGUGGAGGCGAGCACGGCAGCAGGACAGAGAUUUAGUGCGUCGCAUCGCGUGA